AUGUUGUUUAACAAGUAUGAAUUUCUUUGGUUGAACACCUUGACCACCUGGCUGAUCAUCCCCGAUGUGGUCGUCAACUCGCUGCUUGAGAGUGUCUUCGAGAUUUUUUGUAAUUUGUUCGUGGGUAGUGUGGAAUUCGUUCAUGAGAUUAUCACCAAGCACAAUUGCAGCACCAUUCUUACUAAUCUGCUCCGCCGCCUUGGUGAUCGCCGUUCUGGCCGCGGCCUUGAUCUGCUCUUCGGCGGUGGAGUUGAAAGUCUCAACGGCGUUGGGAAGACCUUUAACCGCUUCUGUAAGUUCUUUUGUGACUUCACUUUUAAACGUGGUAAUAAGUUUGUCUUUCUCUACCAUAUUCCUCACCGCCUCCAACUUACUGUCCACGGCUUUGGCGGGGCUUUCCUUUUGGCCGGGGGGAGGAAGGGAAUUGUGAAGCUUGUCAUCAAGUUCCUUAGCAAUCGGAGUGAUCUUGUCCAGGAUGGAUGCGAUUUCGUUGCCAACCUGCCGGGCUGUAGAGGUGAGCGCGCAGAGGAUCAAUUCAGCGGCGGCCUUUUUGCCACAAUCCUGCUUGUUGCAAUUAUCGCACUCGCAGAUGCAGCUUUGAAUCUUAGCGACGAGUUGCCCCUUCUGCAGCGCGACAUCCUUUACACGCUUGACUGUUUGUUUUGUGCCACUAUACAGUUCUUCAUCAAGCGCGUUGGCGAGCCCAUUGCAAAGCUGUUGGACAGCUUUUAUAUUUUCAGUAAUGCUGCCGCUGACGAUAUUAACAUUUUGGAAAGCGUCUGUGGCUAUACCAAUAACAUCUGUUUUAAGCUUCUCUUUCAUUCCAAUUGCGAAGUCCUCGAUAUUACCGUCCUUCCUCGUCUCAUCAAACUCCUGCUUCAUAUUGAGUAUCCUCCGCACGGUGCCGUUGUACCUCAAGAUUGUGGCUUCCAGCCAGCCCUUCACGAUAUCCGCGAAUCUAUCUCCACUAAAGGCCUGCGCAUAAUUAUGCACCUUACUCUUAAUACCAUCCAGGCCUGA